AUGACUUCACAAUUAUCGUCAUCGAUGCUCUCGAAGCCAGAGAUCACUUUUCGACAUCGAGUGCGGGAUGUCUGCCUCCAUUGGUUCACAGCGUACCGGAUACUCAUCGGGCUCACCUUCGCUGUGAACAUCGCAGUGCUUGCUGUCAUGAUCAGAGGAAACCGUCACGACCAUAUCGGCCUCUCUGGACCCCUGAUUGCUGCCGCCGCCAAUAUCUUCGUCGCCAUCCUCGUACGCCAAGAAGAUCUUAUCAAUGUUUCCUUCUCCUUUGUAGCCAGAACGCCAGUAAGCCUACCGUUAUGGCUCCGGAGAAUAAUCGCAGACUUCCACCACUACGGCGGACUACACAUCGGCUGCUCUAUAUCAUCACUUCUAUGGUACUGCUACUUUGUCUUCUUGGACACCAACCACUUCCUCGAUCACUUCGGGCAGCGCAUGGCUUCUGGUUGGAUGUGGGCCGACAUUAUCACCUGCUACGCCUUCCUCACAGCCAUCUUGUGCAUCUGCGUACUAGCGCAUCCACACCUGCGCGUAAAGUUUCAUGACGCAUUCGAAAAGACACAUCGUUUUGGUGGAUGGAUAGCUUUGUUGGUACUGUGGCUCAACGCAGGUGUGUCCAGUCGCAACCCCGGCAGUCCACCGCUGUACGCAAACGCCGCCCUCUGGCUGCUAGCCGCCACGACUUUCCUCAUAAUCCUCCCAUGGACGCGUAUACGCCGAGUGCCGAUAACUACCGAACCCGUUUCUAGCCGCGAAGUCAAGGUUACCUUCCCGUACAAAGACAUGCCCUACACGUCCACCACGCGCUUCUCGCUAAGCCCCGUCCUCGAAUGGCACGCCUUCGCUACCAUACCGUGCUCUCCUUCUCCUGACAACCCUUUCGCAUACAUUGUCAUCUCUCAAGCGGGUGACUGGACAAAGGCAAUGAUCAAGUCUCCACCGACACACAUUUGGCUGCGCAAACCCGCCGCCAAGAACUUCCUCUCUUUCGCUCCACUCUUCAACUCCCUGCUUCUCGUGGCUACGGGCGCAGGUAUUGGCCCAUUGCUCUCACUCUUAUGCUCACCUGCGAUUGCGCAGAUGCGCGAACAGGGCAGACAGGUUAGGGUCAUGUGGUGCGUGUACGAUCCCGAUGCGGCGCAUUGGCAGUUCGUCCAGGAUAUCAUCCGUAACGUGGAUCCCGAGCCUAAGAUCUUCGACUCGCGCGAGGGGAGACCCGAUCUAGCGUUCGAAGCUGAGUUUAUGAAAGAGCAGUGUGGAUUAGAAGCUGUGAUGGUAGUAAGCAACCCGGCGGUUACGAGGGAAAUCGUUGAGGGAAUUAAGGCAAAGAAUGGUGCUGCAUAUGGCGCGGUGUUUGACUCUUAG